AUGGUUUCUCAGACGUGCAGGCUGCGUUCCGAUAUUUGGGCAGUGGGGAGUCUAUUGGUAAAAUCGUCAUCUCGAGAGUGCAUGAUCAGGAAGGCUCAGUUGCAGAUACUGGCAGCCGCACCUCGUCUCUCACUUCGCUCCGAUGCCUCAUAUCUCAUCUUGAGAGGUCUGAAAGGUCUCUGCGGAGGCUUGGCAGUAUAUGGCACCCAUGAAGGAGCCAAAACACCUGUAAUACUGUCACGCUCAGGAUACAAUGAUGAAAAAUCACGGUUCAUCAUUUCUAAGAUUACAUCGCUAGGCUGUCGCCUGGAUCUGGUGAAGGGCGAUGUCACCAAUAAAGCGGACGUGGAGCGAGCCUUCAUGGAAGCCUCAGCACCAAUUUUUGGAGUUGUGCAGGGAGCAAUGGUACUUCGAGAUAAACUGUACAGCUCUAUGACACACACUGAAUUCCAUGAAGCAAUUAUGCCAAAAGUUCAAGGCACUUGGAACUUGCAUAACGUCGCUCUUCGACUGGAGAUCACGCUUGACUUCUUCACACUUUUGUCGAGCCUCUGUGGCAUCGUUGGCCAAAAGAGUCAAAGCAAUUACGCCGCAACCAACGCCUUUCUCGACAGUUUCGCACACUAUCGCAAAUCACUUAAAUUAGCAGCAUGCUCCGUUGACCUCGGCCUCAUCGAAGACGUGGGCUACGUGGAGGGCAAAGAGUCGCUUUUAAGCCGACUUUUGAGUCAAGGCUGGCACCCGAUCAACGAAAAAUUUCUCUCUAAGAUCCUAUACAUUUCCAUCCUCCAGCAGAAGAGUUCAGCUAUCAACCCUUCCAGCUCAGCACAGCUUAUUUCUGGAAUGCCGGUGCCUUUGCCAGAACAAUCGCCUGCACAGUGCGAUCCUCGAUUCAGCACUCUUCGCUAUGGUAGUGGCUCGGGAGCGCAACGAGGUUCUUCUCGAAGCGGUGGCGUGCAGUCGGCUAUCAAUAUCCUUCAUGAUGCGUGGAAAGCACAAGAUGAGGGUGGAGAUCAGCCCGAGCUUUUGUGCACCCUAAUUUCGUUGGCCAACAAGCAGUUCAUGAAGAGUCUCGGGAUGUCAGAGGAACUGGACCCAUUUAGACCAAUUUCCGACUAUGGUAUAGACUCGCGGGUCGCAGUCGGGUUCAAGAACUGGACAUCGGUAGAUUUAGGAGUAGAGAUUGCAACACUAGAUGUCAUGGGUGCAAAAACGUCGACUUCUGUGUCAGCUCAUUUUGAAGCGAGGGUUCCACUAUCGUGGUCAAAAGUGAUCCUGUUUGAAUGA